AUGGCCCUGCGGCGGCUCCUGCAGCCCAACCCCAGCCCUGUGGGCGGCGAGCAGGCGCUGCCGAUGGACAGCAGGAGGAUGCAGCACCUGGCCAGCACGGUGGGCACGCUGCCCCGAGGGCGCAGGCAGCUCACCUUGGCCCGAUCCAGCUCCUUGGACGACUCCUCCAAGCCACAAAGGCACCUCGUUGCUAUAUUGAAAGAAGAUAAAGAGACGUUUGGGUUUGAAAUCCAGACUAUCAGGUUUCCACACCAGAAUGAUUUCUCCCUGGAGGUGUGCACUUGUGUCUGCAGAAUCCAAGAGGAAAGCCCUGCCCAUCUCUCUGGCCUGCAGACUGGGGACAUCCUCACCAGCAUCAACGGUGUGAGCAUCGAGGGCUUUGGUCACAAGCAAAUCGUGGACUUGAUAAAGUCUUCAGGGAAUUACUUGAGGUUAGAGACUGUCAAUGAGGCCUUGCUCCUGAGGAAAAUGGAGCUGGAGACCAAACUGCAGGCUCUCAAGCAGGCGCUGCACCAGCGGUGGGGGGAGCUGCGGGCGCUGCUGGCCCGGGAGCGGCUCCUGCUGCACGGCGAGGUGAAUGACAACGCCUUGCUGGGCUCCCUGGAGCUGGCAGAGCCCGGCUCGGGCGGCGGCUGCAGCUCCCCGGGCCCCUUCUCCCCGGCCAAGCCGCGCUUCUCCAGCGAGAGCAGCUCCCGCAGCCGGCUCAGCUCCAUGACCGUGGGCAGCGAGGACAGCUUCUCCCAGGGCAGCGCCUUCGAGGACUCGGCUGCAGACAGCCUGAGCCGCCAGUCCAGCAUGGAUGACGACUGUGUGUUCCCCAGGGACGGGGACGGAGCCGCUGCCAGGAGCUCCCUGCGCAGGAACCGCAGCAUCAGCCUGGCCAGCAGCGGCUCCAUGUCCCCGCUCUGGGAGAGCAGCAGCCUGGCCAGCAGCUUCGGGACCCUCCCGCGCAAGAGCAGGAGAGGCAGCGUUCGGAAGCAACUCCUCAAAUUCAUUCCAGGCUUUCACCGGGCAGUAGAAGAGGAAGAAAGUCGGGUCUGAUGUCGCAGGUGUCGCCCUCGAUGUCGGGCCCUGCACGUGGCUCUCAGGUGUCACUCACUGGGGCACACCGUGGGUACAGCACGGUGGCACCGCAGGGCACUCCCCAGACAGCAGCGCUGAUGAGAUCCACACGGCUCUGGGGUGGUAAUUACUUUCAUUUUUAAUCAGAGCACGCUGCGGACCUCUUCAUUAACGUGAAAAAUGAGUGACUCCAAAAUGUGAAGAACCUUUGCAGAACUUCCUCAGCGAACUUUACUGUUAAUAACAGUUUUUAAUUGAAUGCGAAAUUGAUAGCUAUUUAUUUCCUGUUCCUGGAGUCAGUGUCUUCCAAAGGUCUUUAAUAAAACGAGUGCUUCUACUAAA